AUGGAUGUGGAAAAAAUAGGGCCUCGCUCAUCCCCGCCCGAAAAGACGGGAUCAUUAGUCUCUCGUAUGAUCCAAAAACUUCAAAGUGCUCCUCCUGCAAACGACUUCUUUGAAGCCCCCACUGGCUCUUACUUCUUCUACGGCACACUGAGUGACCCGUCUAUGCUUCGUGAUAUUCUCGAGUUGCAAAGCGAACCCGAGCUUCGACCGGCAUCUGUUACGGGCUAUGCAUGCAAGCUGUGGGGUCAAUAUCCAGCUUUAGUGGAUGCUCAGGACUUGACUGUUGAGGGUGCUGUGUACCAUGUGCAAACAGUCGACCAUGGGAAGAGAUUAGCGGCAUAUGAAACAAGCAGCUACCACGCUCAGCCAUGUCGUAUUCGGUACUCAGAUGGGAAGGAGCCUUCUCAGGAUUUUGGAUAUACCUUUAUGUUUGUUGGCGAUCCGGAUGAUUUGAGUGAAGGAGAGUUUGGUCUCAAAGUUUGGCUGAAAAGAAUGGGAAGGGGAGGUACAGCUGAUAAUUUGGAUAAUAAGUAG